GAUUGCUGAUGCCAGCAUCUCCGCACUAUCGAUCAAUAACUCGUGGAACCGCUGUGUUGCACCGGGGAAGAGAGCAGCCGGCAACAGCGUGCUCUUCGUAUUUUGAUCCUUCGAGCCUGGGCGGGUACGCGGUUGCCUGGAGGGAACCCCAAACAUUCGAUCCGUCACCCCAGCCCCUUGAGCUCGCAUAAAGGCAAGGUACACUCCUUCCCUUCCCUCCACCACUUUCUAUUGUCUAUUGCCGCUUCUUCAUUGACUUUACACGUUCCAUUAUUGCAAUUUAUCGCCCCGAUGGGAAGAACGAACCCACCGACAGAGGGGUAUCGCGACGACCCCGACGCGGUUUCUCUCCAUACCACACCCGACGACUAUACCUACGAUGAUGCUCCCGAGAUCACUGGGCUCCCGCCUUCGUACGCCGACAGCCAAGGCGACGCUGCUGAGGUACCGGCUGCUCCGAUCCGACAUAUUCCACCCCCGUCGCGGCGAGUGGACCAUAACAAUGGCGUAACCAUCAAGAUGGGGAAGCCCCAGGUGUGCGAGACGCAGACGUUGACAGACCCGCGAUACGAUAAGGAUCCGCUUUAUCUCGAGGAAGGCAUUCGCUCGUUUGCACGAGACGCCCCCUUUCCCUUGAUUUAUAUCAUGGGCACGCACAAGGAGACCAUCAAGCGCGGUGACAAGAAAGAGACGAAGGAAAUCACGGACUUUCGGGUAGUGAUGGACCUGCAACGCUACCUGAGGAACAAUUUCGACCCAAAUGACUCGUCGAAGAUGAAUCUGGUUACGGCCGAGAACGGGGAGAAGACGUAUCGUGGCACAAUCACAAAGCAACGCGCACCGGGCUUCAAGCAGGACAUCGAAGUGGGUGUGUCCAAGCCCGAACUCAAUGAAUGGUGCCAUCGCUAUUGCGCAUCACCCAGGAUGCUAAGGAUAUUCCGCCUCAGCCGCGUCGUCACUGGCUUCGACGAAGCCUACGUAAAGAACCGCAUUGAAGGUCUCAUCCGCAGCACCAACUACCGCGGCCACAUCAGCAUCACCUUCCCUGUCGAGGAAAAGAAUGUAGAUAUUUACACGUGCAACCGCAUCAACCAGUGGCGUCUCAAGACAUGGGUGUGUUGGAUUUUCUAUUUGACUUUCCUCUGGAUCUUCACCUGGCCAUAUCUAUUCUUCGCUACGAAGCGCUACGCUGUCGUUCGUGCCGAAUGGCCUUUCUCCACCUCUGAUCCUUACGGUAACAAGCGCUAUACCACCGUCAGCGAAGAACAGUGGUUCGAGAAGUGGCAAGUUGGUAUCAAGCGCCUCGUCCUGGAUCGAUUUCAAGGUGAAGCGAGCGAGGAAAUGUUGGCCGGUGUUAUUGCCCGACCUGUGGAUCCGCCGAUGCCUGGAUCCGUUCGUACCGGUCACGAAGGCUUCGAUAACGCCGUUGGGUUCGCUACGCAAGCCUUUUCGGCCGCUCGCGCUCUUUCUCAAGGCCGCAAUGUGGGAGCUGCGCUUGAGGGUGGAUGGGGAUAUGACACCUGAGCCCGCACCUAAGCAGCAUGCACAGUUGUACCGCUCUUUCCAUCUCUUUGCCCUCAUGCUAUCACUACGUUUUCGUUACUCUCCCAGCGAGCAUGAAUGUCGAGAAUAUGCUCGCGUCUGUCCCUUGAUUUCCUUUCCGCGUUCAAUCUGCUUUUUCCUUGCAUGCCUUAGUAAACACUUCAAUGAAUCUAACACGGUCUCCUUGAGAAUGUGCGAACCCCGCGUAGCAGUGUCUGGAGUCAAUACAUCAAUGCUCCACUAUUGAAACAACU